AACACCACCAAAAACAGCAAGAACAAUCACUGCAAAUACAAACUUCACCUAUUUGAACUUCCUUAACACUGUCUGUCCAAAACUGACAAACAAACCAUUCAUCACUCCCUCUCUCCACAAAUGUUGGAGCAAGAUUUCCUCACCACCACCUCAGCCACAGCCACUGUAAGGUCUGCGGGAACGUGGGCACGAACAUGUGACACGUGCCGCUCGGCCCCAUGCGCGGUUUUCUGCCGCGCAGACUCGGCAUAUUUAUGUGCCGCGUGUGAUGCACGCAUCCACGCGGCAAACCGUGUAGCCUCGAGGCACGAACGCGUCUGGGUCUGUGAGGCCUGCGAGCGUGCCCCGGCGGCUUUUCUUUGUAAAGCUGAUGCUGCUUCUCUUUGCUCCACUUGUGAUGCUGAUAUCCACUCUGCUAACCCUCUUGCAAGCCGCCACCAACGUGUCCCGAUUCUUCCAAUUUCCGGUUACCUAUACGGUCCUCCGGCCACCCUUUUAGGUGCCGAAGAUGAAGGCUUCGUCCGCGGUGGUUGUGAGGUGGAGGAAGAGGAGGAUGAAGGUGUUGAUCAUGAUAUGGAAGAUGAAAAUGAAGCAGCUUCAUGGCUUUUGUUGAAUCCUCUAAAGAACAACAAUAACAAUAGUAACAACAACAUUAGCAAUGAUCAUAAUCAAGUGGCUAAUAAUGGAUAUUUGUUUAGUGGAGAAGUUGAUGAGUAUUUGGACCUUGUUGAUUGUAAUUCUUGUGGUGGUGAUGAAAACACUUUCACUACCAAUAAUACUCAUCAUCAUGAUGAGUAUAGUCAACAACAACAACAACAAGAUCAUUAUGGUGUUCCUCAAAAAAGCUAUGUUGGUGAUAGUGUUGUUCCUGUUCAACAACAGCAGGUACAGAAUUUUCAACUUGGGUUGGAAUUUGAGUCUUCCAAAGCUGGAUUCAGUUACAAUGGUGGUUCUAUUAGUCAAAGUGUUUCAGUUUCAUCAAUGGAUGUUGGUGUUGUACCAGAAUCAACCAUGACCUAUUCAAGACCUCCAAAAGGAACAAUUGACCUAUUUUCAGGUCCUUCUAUUCAAAUGUCUUCCCAUUUCUCUCCAAUGGAUAGAGAAGCAAGAGUCUUAAGGUACAGAGAGAAAAAGAAGACAAGAAAAUUUGAGAAAACAAUUAGGUAUGCUUCAAGGAAAGCCUAUGCAGAAACUCGACCGCGUAUAAAAGGUCGAUUCGCGAAGAGAACAGAUGUAGAAGCUGAAGUUGAUCAAAUGUUUUCCACAUCACUAAUUACAGAAGUUGGAUAUGGAAUUGUUCCCUCUUUCUGAAAUGAUACAAAACAAAAUGGUCAGGGGACAAAGUGCACAUUUGAAUUGACGGUGAGUUUGACAUAAUCACCUCGUAUCACCGUCAAUUUUGUAUAAGCUACAUUUUGGAGCUUCAACAAAAUUACUGUAAUUUUGUCAAACAGACCGUGCUUUCAAAUAUACACUAAGGAGAAGGUUGAGAAACAUGACCAACAGAAAAUUGCAACCAUGUUUUACUAUUACCAAGUCUUUCUACUAAUACUGUAUUUUUGAUAUAAUAUUAUUAUUUGCAGUUGCACUAAUUAGAUAUAUGCUUUAUUAUCUUGUUUGUUGUCUUUUGAAUGCGACUGUUAUUUGUAAAUACAGUCCUUAUUUAUUAAAUUAUUAUUAUUAUUACUAUAGUCAA